UGCCCGAUCACUUUUGUCUUUUAUUAACUGAAAAUUAACAAAGUAAAAAGUGGGUUUAUGCCAAUUAAUUGGAAAGAAAGCUGGGAUGAUAAGACGCAGUUGAUUGUGGAUAAUACUCUCAAAAUAAAGAUAGAAAAGUCCAUAGAAUAGCCCAGAAUGAUGGAUUGUAUUCUGAAAGAGAAGAUGAAGACGACGAUUAUUAUGAUGAUUUUCUGCUUGGUGCUAACAAAUGCGAGCAGUAACAGAAUUACAGAGAAAAAAGACGAAGACCCGAAACCGAAGCCAUGGCCGGAGCAAUUCCACUCAGUCUUGGUGAUAAACAACACAAAGAAAAAUGAAUUGCAGGUGACUGAUUUAUGGUAUGAUUGGCCAAAUGGUCGUAACUUGAAUCUCAUUCAAAAACAAUUGGGUAAGUUACUCUACGAUGUAGAGUGGAAUAAUGGCACUUCUUACUAUUAUACACUUGAUGCUACUUCUGAAUGCCGGACAGUUCUUUUCGAUGUGGGAAUUUUGAGACCCAAUUGGCUUGAAGGCGCUACUUAUCUGGGUCAGCAACAUAUGGAUGGGUUUCUUUGCAAUGUUUGGCAGAAAGUGGAUUUUCUUUGGUACUAUGAGGAUGUUGUAACGCGCAGGCCUGUUUACUGGCUCUUCUAUACUGGUAGAGCUGUUCAUGUGAUAACCUUUGAAGAGGGUGCUGUCCUGGAGGAUUCGCAGUGGCAGGCCCCGGUUUACUGCUUUAACAAGAAGGAGGAGAAGGAGGAGCAGCAGCAAAUUGAUGGAUACCCACAUCAGUUUCUUAGAGAUAUAAUGCCACUGGUCUUUACAUGAUUUCUUUUGUGUUUCUGUUUUUUUUAUGCUGCUGCUGUUUCUUGUGGUUUUUCUUUAGUUUUCGGUAUAGGUUUAUUUGUGUGGACUUUGCUUUCUGUGUCAAUGGUGUUGAAUAAAUUAGAUUAACUUAUCAA